AUGCAAUUCUUUAAGUCAAUCUCCGUUUUAGCUUUAGCUGCACAAGCCAUGGCAGGUUUAUCGCAAUAUCAAUUCUUUGCAAAAACUGAUAACAAAGAUUUAGAUGGACAUGGAUUGUACUACAUCCACGAAGGUGCUGCUAUCAAUUACUAUUUCCUUUCAAACAGUACUGAUCCUUCUUCUGCUUCUGUUGUUACCUAUGAUGACGAAACGCAAGAAUUUUACUACCAAGUUAGUCCUCAAAUCAAAUUUGUCUUCACUGUCCUGGGCGGUAUUUUGCAGUUGAGUGCCGGUGAACCAUUAAAGGCUUCAAUUGGAGAUGAUGGUAUCGUUUCCUUCAAUGGUAGUGAAUUGUUGAGUGUGGUGAAGAACAUCAAUGAUCCAUAUGGAUACUCCAAGGAUAAUUUUGCUGUUACUGUCAAAGAUGAUCAUGGAGGUAUUCCAAUUAGUAUUGAAGCAAGAAAAUACCAGUCUUAA